CACUCUACCAUAAAGGCCUGAUUGGUGGAGUGCUGCAGAGAUGGUUGUCCUUCUGGAAGGUUCUCCUUUAUCCAUAGAGGGACUCUGGAGUGCUGUCAGAUUGAUCAUCAGGUUCUUGGUCACCUCCCUGACCAAGGCCCUUCACCGAUUGCUCAGUUUGGCCGGGCGGCCAGCUCUAGAAAGAGUAUUGGUGGUUGGUGGUGUAGCAGGCUCAAGGGUGUGGGGUGUUCCACGUCACCAAGUUCAGUAACAAAACAUGCACCAGUAUCACAAAUAGAAUGCAAAUGGGAAGUUUAUUAGGGGUUUUGGUACACUGGGGAAGAGGGGGAAAUGCACCAAUCACCUCACAGUCCACAAGCUGUUCUCGUUGUCCGUUCUGUUUUCCAGGGGUAAUCCUCACACUCGGGUCCUCAGCCAAUCCGGUCCGGUACAAACGGGGGAUAACCCUACAGUCCAGGUCACAACGGCAGCUUGCAGAUACAGGACAACCAGGGUUUCCAAUAGAGGAGGUGAAAUGGUGUCUUGUUUUGAGCCAAGAGGAAGUGUGCGGGACAGGACUGAAAAGCUCGGAGGGCUGCUGUGUUUACAUUAAAGACGACCAGGCGUGGUUGAAGUGGGACGAGAAAACAACAUUGAGAUGUGACGGCACGCAUUAUGGGAACAGCGAUGGUGAAUGUGCCAGCAAUCAAUCCAGCCUUGACUGUGAUGGAGAGAUUUCUGCCAACACGACACCUGGUACAGACACACCUGGACAGCAGAACACUACUCAGAACGGGACACCCCCUGCCAGCCCAAGAGCGGGGGAAGAACGGCAGUGGUAGAACAUCAGCAGACGAAAAAGCAUAAAGCCUCUCUGAUUGCCCGUGUUGGUGUGCACUCUGUCACCACAUUCUUCCAGAAGGUAGCUUUGCAUACCACACUAUGCGACACAAUCAUAGUUACUGAUCUAUGGACUGCACAGCACAACUGACAAGGAAGCUUUAUGAGCCAUAAUUUACAUGUGCUCGGACAAAAUGUGAAGCCAUAGUGAGUAACGUGUUAGCACCAUGGGCAACUACUUUGGUAACACAGGACCUAGACCAGGUUGAAUUUGUGUCCCUGUCCAUUGAUGCGUCCAAUCAUGGACAUGUAAAGCUGCUGCCAAUAGUAGUCAGAUAUUGUAAGAUGUAUGAUGGCAGCACAUCUGUGGAAAUAAAACUGCUUGAUUUUGUUGAAUUGAACGGAGACACAGCAGAGGAAAUUGCAGCUGAGGUCCUGGUGGUCAUCCAAAAAUGUAACCUGGAAAACAAAGUCGUGGCAUUCUCUGCCGACAACAAAUACCAACUUUGGACGACUGAAUAGGCUGGGGAGGGUCAAUGUCCAUACCAAAGUUAAAAAUGCUCUGCAGCGGGAGGUGAUUGGCUUAGGUUGUCCUGCCCACAUCAUUCAUAACACGGCCAGAACAGCUUUGGAUAUGAUGUUGAGUACCUGCUCACAAAGAUAUUUGGAUAUGUUCAUAUUUUCACCAUCAGAGUAGAAAGACUGUUAAUAAAAGUACAGCAUUUUGAAGCACUUUAUUGAUUACAAUAUAGAGAUUAAUAACAGUAUAGCAUUUCAAAGACUAUUGAUUCCAUUAUAAUUAUUAAAAGCCGUUUUCACCUUGUCACCCCCUGGCAUAUUUUUAUCUUUCUGGCACUUACCCCCAUUGGGUCGAGGAACAGAGCCUUACUGCCCCAUUGGGUCGAGGAACACAGCCUUACUGCCCCAUUGGGUCGAGGAACACAGCCUUACUGCCCCAUUGGGUCGAGGAACAGAGCCUUACUGCCCCAUUGGGUCGAGGAACAGAGCCCUCUUUUGGGAUGGCAGCAUAACCUUUCAAGUUUAGACAGACACACACACAUUACACACACAUAUUACAUUCACACAUAUUACACACACAUAAAUACACACAUAUGGCACACACAUUUUACACACGUGUAUGUGUUCACAUGUAUAUUCUGUAUUAUGUAUGUAGUUGUUAGUACUGCCUUAGCAGCUUACUAUCACAGUCCAGUGGUUGUGUUCAUUGAUGAUGCCAAUAAUGUACUUGUACAUCAUUGGAUCAAUCUGGAAUUUAAUAGAGCAAGGAUACAGUUGCUUGAGUUCAAAAUAUGUCAAAUAUGACAAUAUGACAAUAUGACAUUAUUAUUAUGAGAAUAAUCCAACCAACCUUAAGUUUUGAUUUCUUGCUCCCCCAAAUGUCAGUCAUUUCAAAGGUGUCAAUGUAGAAAGCUUGCUCGGUUGACUGCCUAUUAAAAUUUCACCCAGAUGGAACAUGCCGGAAUUGAUGGUCUGACAGAAAAAAAGAAAGACAAUGAAGGUAAAUCUGUUACAUGGAAAAACAACAAUUUAGAUUUUCCUUAUAAAUACACAGAUUACUCACACACAUAGUGUUGACAUAUACUGUAUGUACAAUACAGUCUUACCUCACUUUCCAGCUCCAUAUUUGGAUCAGUUCUGUGGAGAUCCUGAUAAAAGAUUUUAUAUGGGCCGAUUCUAGACAACAGCACAUAUACAUCUUUUCCUCCCCAAGCCUCUGCAACACCUGGAAAAAUAUACCUGUAGUGUAUUGAGAUAUAUAAAUGGAUCAACCUGACAAGAUUACAUACAUAACUUUGUUUAUAUCAGUAGCUGCUGCUGCUGUUGGUGUGGUGGCUGAGGAGGUGGAGGACACUGGUGUGGUGGCUGAGGACGCUGGUGUGGUGGCU